AUGGUGCACUCACAGGGGCCAUAUGGUGAGAACUUGGCUGAAGGCUAUGGAGAAAUGACCGGCGGGCAGGCUAUGAAGUUUUGGGUGACUGAGAAGCCCAACUACGACUAUGCCUCCAACACAUGCGUUGGUGAUGUUUGUGGGCACUACACUCAGGUGGUUUGGCGCAAUUCGACUCAUGUGGGUUGUGCUAGGGCUAAGUGCAAGAAUGGCUGGAUGUUUGUUAUUUGUGUAAUGCUAAGAACUAUGGAAAUCAGAGAAGACAUUGGUGAUCAAAGCAGUGAAGGUGGAAGUGGAGUCAACUUUCACAAGCCCAUGUUGCGCCCCUCAUCACUUGGAAGUGGAGUUGGAGGUGACCACCUGCCCCACUGA